AUGGUCGCCCUCCUCCGCUCGCUCCGCGCCGCCCAGGCCGUCGCCCGCCCCGCCCUCGCCGCCCGCCCCGCGGCCCGCGCUUUCUCCCUCUCCGCCAUCCGCCUCGGUGGUGCUCAGCCCCCCGAGCUUCUGGGCCCCGGCGUGCAGCCAGGUCAAGUCCCCACUGAACGGAGUGUAGAAGGUGGAAUGGAGGAUUGGACGGGUGGAAUAAAGGAACUCCGGAUUGCGCAGACAAAGAGGAGACACGCUCACACGCACAGCGAGCAGCAGGCCACCGGUAUUGAGCGCUUCGAGCUCAUGGGCAAGGUCCAGGGCGUUGACGUCUUCGACAUGAAGCCCCUCGAGGCUGACCGCAUCGGCACCCUCGCCGACCCCAUCGAGGUCCUCUCCUACUACCCCGUUCGCCAGGUCGGCUGCACCGGCUUCCCCGCCGACUCUCACGACACGCUCUGGAUCGACGUCACUGCUGAGAAGAAGCACGCCCGUUGCACCGAGUGCGGCUCCGUCUACACCCUCAAGUACGAGCCCCACGACACCCUUUCGCACGGCCACCACUAG